GAUCAUCCAACUAGACAAGUUGCAUUAAUGCAUCUUUUUGAGACGGUGAAGACAGAACCAUGUGGUGCUCUGUUCUAGCCUGUCCCACACUUGUAGACCACAAGUUUCAAGGAUUUUUCCAAAGAGGGUUCAAUUCAUUCAUUGAUCUUUCUAUAUAUACACAUAACCUAUUCUUUCCAUCAUCAACAAACAACAAGCAAUAUAUCCAAUAACCUGAAUCUUUUUAUACAUAUUCAGGAGCCUCAAUAUUUUUUUCAAAGUUUACAAAAGAAAAGAUGGCUUUGAUAAGAAGUCUACUGGGUGCAAAGAAGAUUCUUGGAGCCGCAACAAGCAAAAGAGCAACUUCAGCAGCGCCAAAAGGGUUUCUUGCGGUGUACGUAGGAGAGAGUCAGAAGAAGAGAUAUGUGGUGCCAAUCUCAUACUUGAGCCAGCCUUCCUUUCAAGCUCUUUUGAGCAAAUCUGAAGAAGAGUUUGGGUUUGAUCAUCCAAUGGGUGGCUUAACAAUCCCUUGUCCUGAACAUACUUUCGUCAACCUGACUUCUCAGCUUCAAUGAUGAUUGUCCACCAUUUUUGUUCUUUGACUUAGAAGUAGGCUUAUUCAUUGUACAGUAUAUAUAUGAACCUUUACUCUUUCUUCUUGAAAA